CGACUGGUUUUCUAAUCUACCUUACCUGAGCUCUUUGAGUGAUAGAAAACACUAUAUAGAAAUGAAAUGAAAAUAUAUUUGUUGAUGACUUUGUGUAUUGACUUUCGAGAAUGGAACCACCUUCAUGGUAUGUCACAGCUUCAGUUACUUUAGUGGGAAUGUAUGUCACUGCUGUUCUGUUUAGAUCUCUUCGUACGAGAAGAUGUAAUUCGACUAUGUUACUGCAUGGCAAAACAUGUAUUGUGACUGGUGCAAAUACCGGUAUAGGACUUCAAACCGCACUAGAGUUAGCUAAACGUCAUGCACGUGUAAUCAUGGCAUGUCGAGAUCCUAACAAAGCCAGAAAAGCUAUCGAAUACAUACAAUCUAGAACGAAAAACGGAAGUUUGGUAUUCAGACCUUUGGAUCUUGCAUCUCAUGUUUCGGUAAAGGAAUUUUGCAAAGGUAUAUUAGAAGAAGAGCAUACUUUAAAUGUCUUGGUAAAUAAUGCUGGGGUGAUGGGACAUCCUUACCAGCUAUCCGAGGAUGGAAUAGAAAUGCAUAUGGCUGUAAACCACUUUUCAGUAUUUUUAUUGACAAAUAUGUUGCUUCCAAAGUUGAAGGAAAGUUCUCCAAGUAGAAUAGUUUUUGUAUCGUCAGCUUUACAUAAAAGAGGAGAAAUUGACUUUGAAAACGUAAAAGGGAAGCAGACAAAAGGAUAUGCCAAUAGCAAAUUAGCAAAUGUAUAUUUUGCUAGGGAGUUGCAUGAUCGUUUGGCAGGCUCCAAAGUGGAUGUGUUUACAGUGCAUCCUGGUAUGGUAGAUACUGAACUAGCUAGAUAUUCGAUGUCAAAGUGGCUUUGGACAUUUCUUUAUCCCCUUAGAUUGCUCUUAAUUAAAACAGCCAGCCAGGGAUGCCAAACAGUUGUUCACUGUGCGAUUUCUGAGGAUCUAGAAGGGAAAUCAGGUGGCUAUUUUGGUGACUGUGUACAGGAACCAUGGCCUGAAGUUUCAUCAUGCAAAGAAACUCAACUUAAAAUGUGGAAAACUAGUAAAGAAAUUACUGGACUUUAAAAUUGAACAAGAACUUGUGAUAAUUUCAAAUGAAAGACUCUGUCUGAAGAUGCCAGAAAUAUUUGCCACUGGAUAUAUUAAAACAAGCAACAAAUUGGACAAUAAAUCAAUAAAAAGUUUCACUUUUUUCUUGUUGCACAACUGUCAAAAUAAGAAAUGCAAUGUAGUUGAUGCAUCUCUUAAUAUCAGCUUUAUAAAAUAAAACUUAUGUAUUGAAUAUUAAAAAAAGAUAUAUUUAUAUAACUUCU